CUACAAAAACAAACCCAUAGGUCCUGUUACCUUGGAGAGCUGAAGGGGUCCAGAGGUCCUGUGACGGUGUUCUGGGCCGGAGAUCUAAACAAUCUAAACAUUAAACAGUACAGCUGCCUCAAAUCCCUGGGAAUUUCAGAAUGACUGACACUUCUGAAGCUGUUCCAAAUUUUGAAGAGAUGUUUGCCAGUAGAUUCACAGAAGAUGACAAAGAGUACCAGGAAUACCUGAAACGCCCUCCUGAGUCCCCUCCAAUUGUUGAGGAAUGGAAUAGCAGAGCUGGUGGGAACCAAAGAAAUAGAGGCAAUCGGUUGCAAGAUAACAGACAGUUUAGGGGUAGGGAUAGCAGACGGGGGUGGCCAAGUGACAAUCGAUCCAAUCAGUGGCAUGGACGAUCCUGGGGUAACAAUUACCCACAGCACAGACAAGAAUCUUACUACCUCCAUCAAUAUGGACACUAUGGUUACAACCAACGGCCUCCCUAUGGCUACUACUGAUAGAAAUGUCAGCAGCUUUUAGUAAAACCAUUUACUCUGUUAACAUGACAAAAGUUUAUGUUGUAUUUUCUGUUGGUCAUAGUUUUACAUCUGAUUGUAGAGAGUGGAUUGAUUUUUUUGGAACUUGAGACAUUUUUUAAAUUAGAUCUUACUGGAGAGAUAUGAUGGCUGCUGGAAAUAUCAAUAAAUACUCCCCUAAAAAGGUUGUGGCUUAUAUUGCUUGACUUCUACCUCAGAUUCUUCUUUAUUUCAUGACUUAAUAGUGCUUUGAAUGUUGUGAAUUUUUUCCUUGUUUGACUUUCAGGAGUUCUUUGUUUUACACAGAAAUAAAAAUUUUACAUAGAAAAUGCUUGCUUUUACUUUGUAAGGUAAGGAAGUAUCCCUGUACUCGGAUGUGCUCAUUCCUAAUAUUUUACAGAAGUAGUACAAUCAGCUCCUAAAUGCACAGCUAUGCUUACUUGUGAUAUAUUGUACAUAGUAGUAGUUGAAAGGAAAACAGUUAUAGUAUAUUUCAUUUGGCUUUUGUUAUUAUGUGACUGUGGUACUUUGUAAUUACUCUAUAGGUAUGAAUCAUCUUCA